GAGAGAACUACGAGUCAAUCUUGCCUAUGAAAACGUUCUAAGGACUGGAGAAGUGAAGGUUUAUCGUGCGCGUAUCAUGGUGAUUGGUCAGGCUCGUGCAGGAAAGACAAGUCUCAUAAAAUCCCUCCUAGGGUUGCCAUUUGACCCUGAAGAGGACAGUACUUCGGGAAUUGAUCCUUCAUCUUUUAGAAUUGAUGUUGAUCAGGCCAAAGAUUGGCAACGUACAGAUCAAAACUUAGAUGUGUCUCAAUUUGCAGACGAGCUUGCGUCUAUGGCAGCUGAAGAACUUGUCAAAAAAGGAACAGAGGCAGACUUGGCAGAGGAAAAUAGAUUGCACGCGAGUCAGGCUCUUAUCGAUGACGGUAAGACCAGCCACAAGGAUUCAAUUGCAACCGUUUCUCUGUCACCUGACAAAAUGGAAGAGGCUCCUUUCGAAAAUGAUCGUGAUGGUCAUCAUCAGAAAACUAAACUUCCUCAGUUGAAGAUUGAUCCCGCUUUACCUAAAGAACAAUUCACACGUUGCCUUAUUAAGUAUUUGUUGGCUUUAAACCUACACCGUGAUAACACAUCCAAAGAACCAGUUGUCGAUUUAGAUCUGUGGGACUUUGCUGGACAGCAUCUAUAUUAUGCUUCGCAUGCAGUGUUUUUAUCUCAUCAAGCAAUAUAUCUACUGGUGUGUAAUCUCAGCAAAGGAUUAAACGACCCUGCUCAGCCUUAUGUCAGACAAGGAGCUCAUGAGGAACAUUUAGAAAACCCCAAUGAUCAAACAAAUCUGGAUGAUCUGUUGUCGUGGCUUGUUUCAGUCAGUGCUGUCUGUCCGUCAAAGCAAGGGAUAGCUGAGGUGGAGCUUCCGUAUGACCGCCCUCCAGUAUUUAUCGUAGGGACGCACGCCGAUGAGCCAUUUAAAAACAUCAAGGAAAUGAACUUAGAAAUUCAGAAGGCAGUUUGUAGAAAGCACUAUGCAAGCCACGUGAUCCCUCGCUAUAUCUCUAUUGAUAACACACGUUCGUCAUCAAACAAUGGAGUUUGUGAACUGAAGGAAGAAAUCAUGAAAGUGUUAAAGCAAGAGCCGUACAUGGGAAAGAAGAUACCUGUCAGAUGGUUUAACUUCGAAAAGGCGGUUAAAGAAUUAGUUGCCGUAAAUGUGCAUUACUUGGAUCUCGAACAACUUCGAAUCAUUGUCCAGGAAGUGUGCUUGAUCAAAGACAAGAAUGACUUUGAUGUAAUGCUGGAGUUCUAUCAAGACCUUGGCUUGAUUGUCAAGCAUGGCAGUACGGUUGUACUACGGGCUCAGUGGCUGAUUGACGUAUUCAAGCAACUGAUAACAAUUCCAUGUUACGAAAAUAUGGAACCCAAAUAUAUCAGUAGCUGGCGAGAGCUGGAGGAAGAUGGUGUUCUUCAAAUGGAAUUUGCUUGUCACUUGCUUUCCAAAUUUACUCAGCAAGCCUCUGUCCCUGAGAGCAAAUCCAUUACUGAGAAGGAUAUCUUAGGCAUGAUGGAGCGUUUUGGUUUAAUCGCUAAGUUUGCUGAUGGAAUUUAUUUCGUACCAGCCCAGCUCAGGUCGCCAUCACCUGAAGAUUUACUUGAAAAGGAGCCCACUUCCUUAGAUCCUUGCCCACUGUACAUCGACUUUCCGAGUGGUUUUGUGCCUCAUGGUUUCUUCUCUCAGCUUGUUUCGCGAUGCAUCUGCUGGUGUUCUAAAACUUGUGACCUCCGUCCGAAGCUGUUCCACUGUGCAGCUCUGUUCUUUAUUGGAAAGUCAAUAAGGACUCAUGAAUUAACCCUUGUUUGCAAGAAACGGUUCAUAAAGGUCAUCGUAAAGCAAGUAGCCGACAAGUUGUCGGCUGAAGCAGAAGAGGUACCUUCUCUUGUGCGAGAGUUUCUAGAGGAGACUUUGAAAUGUAUAAAAACUGAGCUGCCAUGGUUCCGUAAUUUGAAGUACGAGUUACGGAUCGCAUGUCCUCUUUGCUCAGGAAAAAUGUGUCGUGAGCACAAAGAAAUCUGCACCCAUGAAGACUGUUUAUGCUUACUUGAUGUGGUCAAACCAGGAGAACAGUUGUUUUGUCGCAAACGUAGUAAACAACUGAGAGUUCACAAACUGGACGAAUGGUUUCCGCAAAGAAUCAGGCUUCAGGCUGCAAAGGACAAGACGGCCCGACCUCCUGUCGAAGGUGAGUACAUACCAGUGUAGAAAACUGCGCACAGGAAUCAAAAGUCAAAAUCUAAUGGUUUGAGUUUUUAACCAGGCAGUGUGGAUAUCCGACCGCUACAAGUUCGUUCAAUUAGACAAAGUGAUGUGCAAAGUUCUUCUUCACAUGCAAGUGCAGAUUUUUGAGCGCUUAAUUUAGUGUUGCUCACAUAAAUACUGUUAACUUUUACGAUCAGUCCUCGAGUAGCCAGUCCCGCUAUUACCUGCACGAAUGUACUAGUGAGAUAUACGCGGAAUGUCUGCGGUCAAGUAGUUUCUAGCUUACGGCUCUGAUAAGAAAACCAUUUUAAAAGCGUCAACAGUAGAUAUCGAGAAUCCUGAGACAGGUUUUUAUUUUCACCAAAAAUUUCAUUUUGAUGAAUUAUUUUCAGAAACUGAAUAUUGUUUUAAUGUUGCGACAUGCUUAAAUCGGUUUUACGAAAUCUAGGAGGAUUUGAAAUCCUUCUCGACCGAGCAAGAAGAGCGAAUAGUGGCCGAUGAAGUUCACGCAAGUAUUUUGAUUAAAAGCCAGUACAAAAAAGAACUUGCCUUGACUCUUGAUAUUACAUAACAUAGAUGAAGUAAGAACCUGCGAUUUAGAACCUAGAUUUUUUCAACUUAGCCUAAAUAGGUUCUUAUAGAAAUGGUAUUUAGUGGGAUUUUAGGUUACUUAGGCUCUUAAAUAGGUUGUGAAUUUGAUAGGGGCACUAGCGUUAGCCUAACAGGUUCUUAAACAAUUCGUUUUCUUUUUACCAGUAGGGUCAGUAUGGUUAUUCAGUGACGUACCCAGCCUUUUGGGUCAUGGUUGCGGGAGGGGAGGGGGUGGAGGGGGAUGCUAUCUCGUCCGAAAUAAGUCACCAUCAAGAAAGUUAAGUUAUAAAGCCGUUCAGAACGCAUGCGUAUGCCACCAUGACUACAAACUUGUAAUAUAAGUGCAAACUUGUAAUAUAACACCAGCGUCUGCACGCAUCUAUGGAGGGGGAAUUGGGACAAAAAUGUAAUUGAAUCGAGUUUCAUGCCAUUAGACCAUUAACGUCGUGCCAUUGAAUCAUACGUCAUUCUAUCGUAUAAAUGGGUACCGGCAAAUCGUUGGGAAAACCUAACAAAUUGUUAGUGAGUGACCUGCGGUGGACUAGCA